GUUAUGAAUGGCUUUAUAUGUUAUUGUUAAUGUUUUUAAUUUUAUCCGUUGGGCAAUGGGAAGCCAGUGGAGGGAUUGGCAGAGAGGGGUGGAGGACACUGAGUGGAGGCCAGUGGAGGGAUUGGCAGGGAGGGGUGGAGGACAUUGAGUGGAGGCCAGUGGAGGGAUUGGCAGAGAGGGGUGGAGGACACUGUGUGGAGCCAGUGGAGGGAUUGGCAGAGAGGGGGUGGGAGGACACUGAGUGGAGGCCAGUGGAGGGAUUUGCAGGGAGGGGUGGAGGACAUUGAGUGGAGGCCAGUGGAGGGAUUGGCAGAGAGGGGUGGAGGACACUGUGUGGAGGCCAUGGAGGGAUUGGCAGAGAGGGGUGGAGGACACUGUGUGGAGGAUUGGCAGAGAGGGGUGGAGGACACUGUGUGGAUGCCAGUGGAGGGAUUGGCAGAGAGGGGUUGGAAGA